AUGGCCGUGAGCGCGGCGGCCGCCCCCGCCGCCGAGCCGCUGCCCCGCAGCAUCUUCAAGAAGUUCCUGGUGAUGCUCUGCUCCCUCCUCAUGUCCCUCUACGUCUUCUACUGCCUGGCCGACCGCUGCCAGACCCUGCCCGGACCCAUCAUCGCCGCCGGCGCCGCCUCGGAGGAGGAGGAGGGCGGCGGCGGCGGGUACCUGGGGGGCUCGGCCGAGCUGCCCCCCUGGCAGGCGGCGGCGGCGCGGCGGAAGCGGCUGCUGCAGCGGCUCAAGCAGCGGCGGCGGCGGCAGGAGGCGGCGCCGGGCGAGGAGGUGCCGGCCGGGGGCGGCGGGAGCCGGGCCGGCGGCUCGGGCGGCGGCGGGGGCAGCGCGGCGGGCACGCCCGGCACCCUGACGCUGCUGCUGGGCGAGGGCACCAAGCGGCUGCCGCAGGCCAUCAUCAUCGGCGUGAAGAAGGGGGGGACGCGGGCGCUGCUGGAGUUCCUGCGGGUGCACCCCGACGUCCGCGCCGUCGGCGCCGAGCCCCACUUCUUCGACCGCAACUACGACAGUGGGUUACCCUGGGUGCGAGACCUCAUGCCCAGGACCCUGGAGGGGCAGAUCACCAUGGAGAAGACCCCCAGCUACUUCGUCACCAAGGAGGCCCCAGCCCGCAUCUCCUCCAUGUCCAAGGGCACAAAGCUCAUCGUGGUGGUGCGGGACCCCGUGACCCGAGCCAUCUCGGACUACACCCAGACGCUCUCCAAGAAGCCCGAUAUCCCCACCUUUGAGAGCCUGACCUUCAAAAACAGGACUACGGGCCUGAUCGACACCUCGUGGAGCGCCAUCCAGAUUGGCAUCUACGCCAAGCACCUGGAGAACUGGCUCCUCUACUUCCCCAUCGGGCAGAUCCUCUUUGUCAGCGGGGAGAGGCUGAUCAGCGACCCCGCGGGGGAGCUGGGCAGGGUCCAGGACUUUCUGGGCCUCAAGAGGAUCAUCACCGACAAACACUUCUACUUCAACAAAACCAAGGGGUUCCCGUGCCUGAAGAAGGCGGAAGGCAGCAGCAAACCCCACUGCCUGGGGAAGACGAAAGGCAGGACCCACCCCGACAUAGACCAGGAGGUGGUGCAGAGACUGCGGGACUUCUACCGGCCCUUCAACAUGAAGUUCUACCAGAUGACGGGGCAGGACUUCGGCUGGGACUGA